AUGACUGAAGGAAUAGCGCCAGCUACUUACACAAAGCUCAGAGCAUGUCUUAGAUGCAAGCUCAUUAAAUCAGAAGAUCAGUGGCUUAAGGAUGGAUGCGAAAACUGUGAACAGUUGGAGAUCAAAAAUGAUUCUGAAAGGAUGAUCGACUGCACAACUUCGAGGUUCGAAGGGAUUAUAUCCAUGAUAAAUCCCGCACAAUCUUGGGUAGGGAGAUGAAACAGGCUUUCCAAUAAAAUCCCAGGCUGUUAUGCAUUAGAUGUCCAAGGAGUCUUGCCAGAAGAUGUACCUGAAGAAGAUGAAGAAAAGGAUUAG